GCGUUCCUUGGCACGGCCGGCAGCGCGGCCGGCGCGCAGGGCCUGGGCCUGCUGGCUGCCAGCUGGAUCAGCAACACCCUCGAGGACAUCCUCGCACUCUCAGUGGCCGGCCUCGCGUCGUACGUGUCCGUCCUGAACCUGCCGCUCAAGAGAUCAGAGAUCAAGGCCAAGAUCUCGAAGAUCUCCGGCAACUUUGCGGACACCGUGCUGGUGGCGAUGGAGGAGGAGCUGGACGCGGAAGUGCAGCGGACGCGGCGGCGCGUGCUGGCUGAGGUCGAGCCGCUGGAGGCCGCGUGGCGCGCUGAGCUGGCGGCGCUGCGCGCGUCGGAGGCGGCGCGUGCAGAGAAGGAGGCGGCGCUCCAGGAGAUGGAGCGGCGCGCGGCAAACCUGCGGUAG